CAUCGGCCUAUCCCUCCUCACCGCUGCCUCCGCCGAUCUGAGGCAAGCAUAUGGCAGGCACCCGACGAGGCGGUGCCUUGGGCGCCUUUACGGUUGCCGGAAAGUUCAAUCCGGUGCCUGAGUACGCUUUAACCUUCAUCCGCGACUACGACAUCAAGGGCAUCGGGGCCAUGUUGGCUAAAGCUUCUCCUUGCUCGAUGGAGGAACAGAUCGAACUCUUCAGGAAGAAUGUGGAACAAUUCAGGAAGCCUAAUGCCAUUGGAACAUUCCCCAACAAAGGCAAUGCCAAGGACAAGGAGGGCGAGGAGAGCGACAUCAAGGAGGAGGAGGGGGAUUACGAGGUGGAUGAAGAUUUUGGCGACGGUAUGGAUGAAGAUGAGGAGAUACUUGAGCUGAUGGUUGAUGACAGUAAACCUGCUACUGAUGGACAGCUUCAAGUCCAUAAUGAAGGUGAACGACAGUGCAAGAAGCCAAGAUUAGCAGGAGAAGGCUUUGGGUGGCAAGGGAAAUUUUGAGAGGUCGUUUUUCUGCUAAGGUGGGAGGAGCCAGGGAGGAAGAAGGCAUCCUGCAUCACCGAUUGUUGUAGCCCUGCUAUCUUCAGCUUCCUGCCAUUCAGCCAACGGAUACCCUUUUCAGACAGCUCGAACAGAUAACUAAUUUGCAAAAUGCUUAACUGUUU